AUGCGUUUCCUCCUGAGCAGAGCCAUCGCCUUGGCCAUCUCAUCUUCCCUGUUCCUCUUCGCUCAGUUGAGCCACGCCCUGCCAGUCCCGACCCAAGUCCUGUCAGUCUCUCCAGUAGUCUCGCACCUCGAAGGACGCCAUAACGUUCCCGCCAUAUCAGCUCUCCUCGCCCCAGUCGAAGCAACAGUCAACGCCACCGACGCCUCUCUCAAACCUCACCACCAUCACACACCGCAACACACUCAUCACCACGCCCACUUCCACAAACGCCACGACUACACCCUAAUGUGUUUCUCCCCGUCCGAUCGUACUGACCCCAAAUCCCCUAAAAUCGACGACGUCCCCCUCGCCCGCCGCUGCACCAGCCGCCCCUACCGGUACAGCUGCGACGCGAAUGCCAACCCGGAUAUCUUAGACGGUGGAAAGACAGACAAGGAGUGCGAUCGGUAUUGCGAGUGUCGUAACACUGGCGCGAAUCCGAAGCCGUACUGUGUUGGGAUCCUGGGGUGGAAUAGUUACAGCACAUGCUUCUGA